UUUAAACAAUUUACAAAAAUGUUUUUUCAAAAAUUAAAACCAUCGCGAAUCAUAAAGUUUUUAAAAAAUUUCCAUCAUAACGAUGCCGUUUGUCCAUCGACUUUAAGCGGGAUGGAUUAUUUAACGGAUCCCCGGUUAAAUAAAGGAUUAGCUUUCACGUUGGAGGAACGACAAAUUUUGGGGAUUCACGGUUUGCAACCGGCGAGGGUUAAAACUCAAGAGGAACAAAUCGAACUUUGCAAAAUAUCUUUAUCUAGAUAUACGGACUCGUUAAAUAAAUAUCUUUAUUUAAACAAUUUACACGAACGAAACGAAAGGAAUUUUUAUCGAUUGAUUAGCGAGAAUAUCGAACAGAUUUUACCUAUUGUUUAUACACCAACGAUUGGGUUGGUUUGCCAAAAAUUUGGAUUGGUUUAUAGAAGACCAAAAGGAUUAUUUAUCACCAUUCAUGAUAAAGGAUAUAUUUAUCAAGUUUUAAAGAAUUGGCCUGAAAAUGAUGUGAAAUUAAUUUGUGUAACGGAUGGUGAAAGAAUUCUAGGUUUAGGUGAUUUAGGAGCUUCCGGAAUGGGAAUAGCUAUAGGAAAAUUGUCGGUUUGUACGGCUUUGGCUGGUGUGGAUCCUUCGAUUUGUCUCCCCAUUGCUUUAGACGUUGGAACUAACAAUGAGACUCAAUUAAACGAUCCUAUUUAUGUGGGUCUCCGUGAAAAACGCAUUUCCGGUUCAUUAUACGACGAAUUUCUCGAUGAAUUUAUGGCGGCGGUUGUGAAAAAAUACGGACAAUACACGCUAGUACAAUUUGAAGAUUUCGGUAAUAAAAACGCGUUUCGUCUUUUGGACAAAUACAAAAAGAAAUAUUGCACUUUUAACGAUGAUAUACAAGGAACUGGGGCUGUUGUUGUAAGUGGUUUUAUGACAUCGGAAAGAGUUACGAAAAAAUCGAUGAAAAAUUGUAAUUAUCUUUUUUUCGGUGCUGGUGAAGCAUCGAUUGGAAUUGCAAAUUUAACCGUUAGGGCAUUAGAAAAACAAGGAUUAAAUUACAAAGAAGCUUGCGAUAAAAUAUUUCUUUUCGACAUCGAUGGUUUAAUUACAAUUAAUCGAGAUUUAGACGAACACAAAAAGAAAUUCGCUAAAAAUUUACCGAAAACAAGAAACUUAAUGGAAUUAAUUGAAACGAUAAAGCCCGAUUUUUUAAUUGGAGCUUCGACAGUUUCGGGGGCUUUUACACCAGAAAUUCUUCAAAAAUUAGCUAGGAUUCAUAAACGACCUGUUAUUUUUGCUUUAAGUAAUCCUACGCAUUUAACGGAAUGUACUCCCGAAGAAGCUUUAAAGCACACCAACGGCCAAGCUUUAAUCGCAACUGGAUCUCCUUUUCCUAAAUUUUCUUUUAAUGGUGCCACUUUUAAACCAUCUCAAUCAAAUAAUGCUUAUAUUUUUCCUGGAAUGGCUUUGGGAAUUAUUGAAACUCAACUUAAACAUAUCGAAGAUGAUUUAUUUUUAGUUGCCGCUGAAACUUUAAGUAAUCACGUAACGGAUGAAGAUCUUCAAUUUGGAUCUCUUUAUCCUCCUUUAACGAAAAUUAAAGAGAUUUCGCUUAGAAUUGCUACGAAUAUAAUGAAAUAUUCGUUUAAAAAGGGUUAUUCAGGUUUGUAUCCGGAACCAGAUGAUAAAGAAAGCUUUAUUAGGAGCAAAUUGUAUGAUUAUUUUUAUAAACCUUCUUUGCCCAGUCAGUGGAGUUGGCCACAACAAAGCGGCAAACCAAAAGUUUUAUUAUAAACCUUAAUAAAUAAUUUUAAUUCA